AUGGCCAUAAACCUAGCCAAAUUUCUCAUACUGUUUUUCACUAUUUCGAUCUGCAACGCCGUCACGAAUCCAAGUCCGAUUUCCGAUUCUCACCGUUCCGCUGCUUUACAACUCUUCGAUGGUUCCUCUUCAAGUUUAGAAGAAGCCUGUGAUGCUCUAAGAGUAUUUGAUAUUCUUGCGCUUGAGAAUAAGCCUGAUGUGAGCAUAACCACUUGUCGGAAGGUAGUGGAAAAUCUCGGGUCGUCGUCCUCUCUCAAGGAUUUGUUCUAUGCCUUAAAGGUCAAUGGCAUUUUAAAAUGCAAGGUUGAUAAGGGUGUUUUCCAGGAUAUUGCUUCAAGACUUAAAGAUGCUGUCAAUGAUGCUAGUACUUUGGUUGACAUAUACUAUACAAUAGGAAGUUUGGUUCUUAUAAAGGAUCAGGCACCUGAUGUUGAUGUGCUUCUUGCUGAUGCUGAUGGGACAUUCCAUUCAAUCAAGAAAGUAGUGAAGUAUUGUGUUGUUGGUUUCAAAUGGAGUGGUUCAUGGGGCGAGAGCAAAACGAAUGGAAACAUGACUUUUGAUGUGAGAGAUGUAUUUGUCAGGUUAAAUUAA